AUGGAACACAUCUCCAAGAAGGUUCCCAAGGAUAUUCUAGACGUCUUUACCAAAAAAAUCCAUCAACAUGCCGAAGAACACAUCUUGGACAAGGCCUUGAAAACGGGCGAUGUGGCGACAGAUUUGGAUUUUGACUUGCUGGAUGCGCAUGGCAACCACGUGAAAUCCAGUGAAUUGUUGGCCAAGGGACCCAUCGUGGUGACAUUUGUUCGAGGAUCCUGGUGUGCCUUUUGCAAUAUGCAAGUACACGCUCUUCAAAAUGUCAUCAACGAUAUCCAAUCCAAAAAUGCCACCCUCGUGGUGAUAUCCCCACAAUCUACCCAAAGUUCCAUGAAAAUGGUAGAACAAGGUGCCAUGUUUCCUCUUUUGACGGACGUCGAUUCCAAACUUGCCAAACAAUUCAAUGUGCACUACCAAGUCGAUCCAGAACUCCACGACGCAUUUCUCAAUGUGGGCAUCGAUUUGGCACAAGUCAAUCAAGAUGGAUUGCUCUCCCUUCCCGUUCCGGCGACCUUUGUGAUCAGCCAGGAAAAGAAAAUUUUGUAUUCCUUUUUGGAUGUCAAUUAUCGCCAUCGAGCCGAACCUGCCGAUAUCUUGAAUGCUUUGCCGGAACCGGUGACAAGGACUGGACGACGACGAGUCUAUCGAAAGCGAGUCAAGCAAAUAACAAUGCUCAAAUUGGAUUGGGGAGAUGGUGCUGCCACCUAG